AGCGCCCAAAAAGUAGAAACUCGGCUUCAUCUCAAAGUCCUGAGAAACCUGGCAUUUCCCUUCAUUAUUCUGCCCUCUCCGUGCCCCCAACAUGGCAGGACCUCGUGUCAACGGAAACUCAAAAAAGCGCAAGGCAGCCACAGAGGAACACGCUCAGCCAGAGGAGACCGUGUUCUCUCAUAAUGUCGGGCUUGAAAUGCAAAGCGAAGACGAAGGUUCGGAAGGAGAUGAAUCUGACAACGGAGAGGUAGACGAGUUCCCUGAGAUUGACCCUCGGAGUGAUAGUGAAGCGGAUGAGGAGUAUCCGGGUGAUUCUGCGGAGGACGAGGAAGAAGACGAGGACAAGGACGAUGAAGAGGACGAAGAGGAAGAAAGUGAAGACCAGUCAGAGGAUGACGAUAUCUCAGACGACGAUCUCCACAUAUUCCCCAAAGCCAAGACUGUCACUUCAGACAUUACUGGUCAACUAAAACGGGUCUUUCCGCCUAUUGAACCGGACUAUGACUCUGAUUCCUCCACCGAGGAAGCUCCUAACCGCGUAGGAAACAUACCCAUGCAUUGGUACGAUGAACUACCACAUGUAGGCUACGAUAUUAACGGCAGGAAGGUCCUACGGCCGGCUCGUGGGGAUGAGCUAGACAAGUUCCUGGAGACAAUCGAGGAUCCUAAUUCAUGGACUUCUGCUUUUGACAAGAAGGCUCAAGCAGAUAAACCGCUCACUGCUGAAGAACUUGACCUCAUCCGCCGCUUGCAGGAGAACGAAAUUCCAGACGCACAAUACGACCCAUAUGAACCUACAAUCGAAUGGUUCACCGGGAAGGGCAAGGAGGAAAUUAUGCCACUAUCUGGGGCCCCGGAACCUAAACGAAGAUGGGUACCAAGUAUAUGGGAAAAGCAAAAGGUCAUGAAAAUUGUCCGAGCUAUUAGACAAGGUCGUAUCCUUCCGAACAAACCAAAAACUGCCUCUGAUAAAGCUCAGUUCUAUGCCAUCUGGAACGAGGAACCUUCUGCCCAUCCCGCACCUCUCCCAGCUCCAAAACCUCGUUUGCCUACUCAUGCAGCAUCAUACAACCCUCCGGAAGAAUACCUACCAACCGAGGAAGAACGCAAGAGAUGGGAAGAAACCGAAAAGGAAGAUCGUGAACAAAACUUCCUGCCUCAAAAAUAUUCUGCUCUUCGACUGGUCCCCGCAUACAACCAAUUCAUCCAAGAACGUUUCAGUAGACAACUGGAUCUUUACCUGGCUCCUCGGAUCCAAAGGACGAAAUUGCAGAUCGAUCCAAACAGCUUAAUCCCAAAGUUGCCAAGUCCAAAUAGUCUCAGGCCGUUCCCUGUGUACAAGUCGCUGUCUGUGCUCCAUGCCAAGACACGAGUUCGAAGUGUCAGUGUUAGUCCGGAUGGCGCUUGGGUCGUUAGUGGUGACGAGUCAGGGAAUGUCAGUCUUUGGGAAGUCAUUGUUGGCAAGGAAGUCAAGAGGUGGAAGUUCGAUGGUAAAGUGGGUGCACUUGAAUGGUGCCCGAGAACAGACGUCGUGUUCUUCGUUGUUGCAACUGAGGAACGUCUCCACUUCGUAAUCCCGCCAAACCUUCCUGCACCUGUUCUUUUCGCAACUCAAGCUGUCCUUUCACCGGCCAAUCUUCCCCCUGCACCGGCUACUCCGUCGCCUGUCAAAUGGACUUCUGUAUCUGCCGCGUCUUCGAGUUCCGAAAAGCCAAUUCUUACCAUUGACCUUCCGCCAUCGUCUGGAUUGCCCAAGCAAAUUGCAUGGCAUCGUAAAGGAGAUUAUUUGUCCACUAUUUCGAGCGGUGAAGGUCAAGGUGGCGUGUGGAUACACCAAAUAUCUCGAAGACAUUCGCAAGCCCCGUUCAAGAAAGUCAAGGGCGCGGUUCAGCUUGUUCUGUUCCAUCCAACGAAACCUCACUUCUUCGUCGCGACCCAACGAUAUGUCCGCAUAUACAACCUCGCAGAACAGAAGCUCCUCAAGACGCUUCAGGCUGGGAUCAGAUGGAUAUCUUCAAUGGAUGUUCAUCCGUUGGGUGAUCAUCUCAUCGUCGGCGGCUACGAUCGUAAACUAUGCUGGUUCGAUUUGGAAUUAAGCGACAAGCCAUACAAGAUCCUUCGGUUUGCCUUCCAUCUCAGUCACUAUGGUCGACGCACUAACAUGUUUCUAUGCUUCAUGUAGUUAUCACAGCCGAGCCGUCCGAUCUGUCCACUUCCAUCCCACUUAUCCUCUGUUUGCUUCAUCGUCGGACGAUGGCUCGAUUCAAAUCUUCCAUGCAAGGGUUUACAACGACCUCAUGACGGAUCCUUUGAUUGUCCCACUCAAAAUUCUUCGUGGACACCAAGUUAAUGAAGGGCUUGGCGUCCUGCAGAUCAAAUGGGUUCCCCGACAGCCCUGGCUUGUCAGCGCGGGGGCCGAUGGCAACGUAGCCGUAUGGUGCAGUUAGGGAGCAUAUAUCAUCAUGUACUCAGUAGGUGUACCAAACACGUUUACCGAGUGCGCGUUCAGAGCCUACAGUAUAUUCGGAAUAGGAUUUGUGGCGCCGCGAUAUAUAGGUCUUGGUUGGGAUCAUAAUUUGCAGCCUUGCACUACUUAUGUGGUGGCGAUUCUGGCCGAAAGCUGUCGCAGUAUCAAUCGUGCUUGGAGAUGACCUCACUUAUGGUGCGUUGUCUGACUUUGCGUACACUCUUUCUGCAUUUGUGCUGGCCAGAUAACAGGUCGCUUUUGCUCUGAGUGUCAUUGCACUGUCGUUAUGCCGGCGGCAAAAGUCAAGCACUUUUGUUCCGGAGACGUGUUCAACAUCGGAGCGCCCGCAUUGUUCGGGUGCGACUAACAGCAAGCUUGCUGAAUCCCUCGUGGGACCUGGGUCUGCUUCAUGGAAGCUUGUUCAGCAAUAUUAAGCAUGAAGCCUGCCGUUCUUGUAUAAUCAGGUCAACCAAGCGUCUCGUGGACUAAGGAACGUAUCUGUGGCGUAGAUGUGGCAAGAUGUCCGGCAGAAGCGAGCGUUGUAAACGUAUUCUACGUCAACCGGUUUAUUUCAUUUCAGGAUGU